UAAGCUCUAACGACUGUAUUCUUUUGUUCAUAGCAGGAAAGCUGUGCGAUCGAAUGAUGACUAAGUCGGUGCUCGCAGUUCUCUUCCUGGUCGCCUGUCUGGCUGCCGGAACCGGCGAGCCUUCUCCGGUGACCGACAAGACGCUUCGACGGGUAGCUCACUCGCUGAAGAAGUACGUCGAGCCGCUGCCGAUGAUGCCUAGAAUCUAUGGCUAUUCCAUAAAGGAUGGCCGGCCAAUGUCCAUUGGCCUCACCAUUGGCAUGUUCGAGAAGAAAUGGAAAUUCCACAGAGACUUGCCGGCGACCACCGUCUUCAUCUACGGCACCAGCCGCGAGGCUGCCACGUUCCCAGGCCCGACCAUCGAGGCCAUCCAAGGGGUCCCGCUCAACGUGACCUGGGAGAACCACCUCCCGAAGAAGCACAUCCUCCCAUGGGACCCGACGAUUCCGGUUGCCAUCCCCAAGCACGGCGGCGUCCCCGCCGUCGUCCACCUCCACGGAGGCAUCCACGAACCGCAGGCUGAUGGCAGCGCCUUCGCAUGGUACACCGCUAAGUUUCGCGAGAAGGGACCGAAAUGGACGCAGACAAACUACAGUUACCCGAACGUACAGCACCCUGGCAACCUCUGGUACCACGACCACGCCCUCGGCCUCACCCGCGCCAACCUCCUCGCCGGCCUUAUCGGCAUCUAUAUCAUCCGCAACCCGUUUGUCGAGGCCCCCCUCGGCCUCCCCGCCGGCGACGAGUACGACCGCCAGCUCGUCCUUGACGACCGGAGCUUCUACAAGGACGGCUCCCUGUACAUGAACUACAGAGGCAACAACCCCACCGUCCACCCUCAGUGGCAGCCCGAGUACUUCGGGGAGGUCAUCGUCGUCAACGGGAAAGCCUGGCCGUACCUCGUCGUCCAGAGCCGCAAGUACCGCUUCCGCAUCCUGAACAGCAGCAACGCUCGUUACUUCCACCUCUCCUUGUCCGACGGUCUGCCCUUCACCGUGAUCGGCUCAGAUGUGACUUACCUCCGCAGGCCCGUUACCACGUCGAGCAUCCUCAUCGCGCCGGCCGAAAUCUACGACGUCGUCAUCGACUUCUCCGAGUCAGCAACUUCCACCGUCAGGCUAACCAAUAGCGCGCCGUACCCGUUCCCCGGUGGCGACCCCGUGAGCACCCAGAGCAGCAAGGUCAUGAAGUUUGUCAUAUCACCCGAGAAGACGAAGGACGUCUCUAAGAUUCCGGCGACCUUAAUGGCCAAUUACCCGGUGGCGAACGAAAACGAGGGGACGGCGAGGAGGUACAUCGUGUUGUACGAGUACCAGAGCGCGACCGGCGAGCCGACGCACCUGUACAUCAACGGUAAGAGGUUGGAGGACCCAGCGACAGAGACGCCGAAGUCGGGGAGCACCGAGGUGUGGGAGGUGAUCAACCUGACGGAGGACAACCAUCCGCUGCACCUGCAUCUGGCGACGUUUCAGGCGGUGAGGGUGAGGGAGCUGGUGGAUCUAGAGGCGUUCACGGCAUGCAUGAGGCGGAUGAACGACGCCAUCAAGUGCAACGUGAAGGCUCACGCAGUGGGGCAGCUGGAAGCCGCGCCGGAGCACGAGAAGACGUGGAAGAACAUAGCGAAGAUCAAGCCGGGCCACAUGACCACGAUAGUAGUGAAGUUUAAGCUCAUCGACGAGGACGCGCCCUACCCGUUUGAUGCAACGAAGCAGCCUGGCUACGUCUAUCAUUGCCACAUUCUCGAUCACGAGGACAAUGCAAUGAUUCGACCCCUCACACUGAGAAGUUGAGGAAAUACCGAGGGCAGAACGUUCUUCGUAGGAUUAACGCUGGUUUCUUAUCAUGAAUAGAGAUUAGAGGGACAUCGUCCGCAACUACUUGAAUUUUGUGUGUUGCGAUUGAUGUAAUUGUAGUUGUCGACGAGUACUUAGUGAUUGGUUUGUAAAACACUCUCUUAAAAAUAAUCAGGUCGUACACGAUUCAGAAGUA